AGUUGUGGUCUUCGCGGCCCCGCGGAGCGCAGCGCGGCGUCGGCACCGGCAGGGGCACCGGAGCGGCUUAGGCUCGGGCUCGGGCUCCGGCUCGGGCUCCCGCGGCGUGGGCUGGGCAGCAGCUGGGCGGCGGCUCCGCGGCGCCGGGCAGGGGCCGUCCGCGGGUCCGCGCCCUCGGGCGGCGGCGUCUCCUGGGUCCCGGCAGCCGUCCGCGCGCCCGGGCGCAGGUUUGGUUUUCCUAAACAAAUCCUUUCACAGGGACCGACGGCACUUGAUAAUGUGACAAAAACCAGCCUCUUCCACCCCACUGCAGUGACUUUUGCUGGAAAGUGGAGCAGUGGGCACGGCCAACCUUGUCGUUCAUCAAUGCCGCCCCUGGCAGGAUCUGAGGAUCGGUGGCAGCCAUGCCUCCCCCUGCCCCAGCCGCUCCUUCCCCCCGACGCUAAUCUGCAUGGUGUGGGCGCCCUUGGGACCCCCGAGGACUGAUUGUCUGACCUUGCUUCACACGCCCAGUAAGGACUCCCCCAAGAUGUCGCUCGAGUGGCUGGUGGCCUGGAGCUGGUCGCUGGAUGGCCUGAGGGACUGCAUCGCCACCGGCAUCCAGUCCGUGCGGGACUGCGACACCACCGCUGUCAUCACUGUGGCCUGCCUCCUGGUCCUCUUCGUGUGGUACUGUUAUCACGUGGGCAGGGAGCAGCCCCGGCCCUACGUCUCCGUCAACUCCCUCAUGCAGGCUGCCGAUGCCAACGGGCUGCAGAAUGGCUACGUGUACUGCCAGUCCCCCGAGUGCGUGCGCUGCACCCACAACGAGGGCCUCAACCAGAAGCUGUACCACAACCUGCAGGAGUACGCCAAGCGCUACUCCUGGUCCGGCAUGGGCCGCAUCCACAAGGGCAUCCGCGAGCAGGGCCGGUACCUCAACAGCCGGCCCUCCAUCCAGAAGCCCGAGGUCUUCUUCCUGCCCGACCUGCCCACCACGCCCUACUUCUCCCGGGACGCACAGAAACAUGAUGUGGAAGUGCUGGAACGGAACUUCCAGACCAUCCUGUGCGAGUUUGAGACCCUCUACAAAGCUUUCUCAAACUGCAGCCUCCCGCAAGGAUGGAAAAUGAACAGCACCCCCAGCGGGGAGUGGUUCACCUUUUACUUGGUCAAUCAGGGGGUUUGUGUUCCCAGGAACUGUAGGAAGUGCCCACGGACGUACCGCUUGCUCGGAAGCCUUCGGACCUGUAUUGGGAACAAUGUUUUUGGGAACGCGUGCAUCUCUGUGCUGAGCCCUGGGACUGUGAUAACGGAGCACUAUGGACCCACCAACAUCCGCAUCCGAUGCCAUUUAGGUCUGAAAACUCCAAAUGGCUGUGAGCUGGUGGUGGGGGGAGAGCCCCAGUGCUGGGCAGAAGGGCGCUGCCUUCUCUUUGAUGACUCUUUCCUGCAUGCUGCGUUCCAUGAAGGUUCAGCAGAGGAUGGCCCACGGGUGGUUUUCAUGGUGGAUUUGUGGCAUCCAAACGUCGCAGCGGCCGAACGGCAGGCCCUUGAUUUCAUCUUUGCUCCGGGACGAUGAGAGUAUUUCCCAUGCUGGAGUCGGCGAGAAGGGCCGAGGCGGGGCCUGGGCAGACUGUGGUCCGGUCCAGUCCCUACCGGUGUUGUUUCCAUGCUCAGAAACCUGCCUCAGCGGAAAGCUCUUAUUUGGGAUUUUAUAUCAUGUCGGGUCCCUCUUUCCCUUGGUUAUUGUAAAUGGAAACUUUUCAGCUUGUAUUUCCUUAGAUUUUUUUUUUUUUCCUUCCAAUCAUUUGCUUCAGAGACUCCUUUCUGGCCUAACAGCGCAUUCCUUUGAUUGGUCCUUGAGUGACCAGAGACUUAGUGCCCUUGUAAGUCUGUCUUCUGUUGCUACUUGUUUUUUUCAGUGCUCUGAAAUAGAGUAACUAAAUGGUUGUCUGAAUAUAAUAAUGUAAAACUU